AUGCAUCGGGCAGCCCGACAAAGCGGAGAGGCUGUGUUGCUAGACCUCAACUCAGCCGCAUUCACAGCUCGCUUCCUCGCCAUAGGUGCAUGCGUCCUGAAGCUGGAGGGCCCUACCAGCCAUGGACAGGCGCUCAGCCAGAAGGCGUUCGCCACAAGCGCGUUUACCCGCCACGUGGGAGGAAGCACGCCCGGCCGCCGCCAGCGAUCAAGGCGGCUAGGGCUUCCACGUCAGCUCUGGACCGCAGCCCCUGGUGGCUCCAGACUCCUCUGUGGGACCGGCGCCGCCUCCAGGCUCUCUGUGUCGAGCCCCUCCAGCCGCUCGCUCGCUGCCGGCUUCCGCCGAGCCGCUCUUCGCAUGCGACUCGCCGGCAAGAAGAGUGACGAAGGAGUCGUUCAGCCGCCCCUAGCGGCACGCGCCCACACAGGGAGCGGCGCAGAGAUGCAUGAAACGGAGGGACAGCGCCGCGAAAGAGAUACCAGCUCCCCGGAGGCCCAAACCGAUGAGCGCCGAGCCGCAGAGACGGCAGUUCUGGGUACGCGCAUUCUGGGGCUGGUCGAAUUCUUUGGCGUCGUGAGCGACGACGAUUUCUGCGGUUCAGGUGGCUUUAGGUCUUCUCAAGAGCUCGCGAGUACGCGUCGUCUGAGUUUCAAGCGGGUGGAGGAGGCACAGAGCGGCCUGCGCGCCGGCGCGUUCGCGCUGCGCCACAUCGUGGGCUCUUGGCCUGCCCUGGCGCAGCUGCUGCACACGAAGGAGCUUUUCGUCGUCCCUCGCGACACGAGCUUCGCGCACCACGUGAAACUCAUACAGAGCCAGAGAGAGCGACGAGACGGAUGCAAAGACGUUCUCCUCCGUGCGGGAGAUCUCGUUUACUUCCCACGCGGCGCAGAUAUUCUGCACCACACGAAAGAAAUCGCCCGACCUGCUGCUGGUCUCGACCUCAAAGCGAGGCUUUUGUUCAAAGACACCGAUUUCCUGGCGAUAGACAAGCCCUUCGGCCUCGCCACGAGACAGUCCCGCCCGCGCAGCUCGGGCCGCGGUCAACAGAAGGAUACUGAGGGAUCUUCGGUUUUCUCGCUUCUGCACCAGCUCCGGUUCUCCAUGGACGAGACCCCGAAACUCCUGCACAGGCUGGGCGACGAGGUCACCGGCGUGUUGCUGCUCGGGCGAUCGAGGCAGACUGCUCAGCUGGCCCUGGAUCGAUUUCGGAGCGGGAGUUUCGGGGUAGUCACGUUCUACGCGCUCGUCCACGGGCACCCCCCAGGCGGCCACCGCGAAGGCAUCAUUCGAAUCCCGCUUGCAGAGAACGAGGCGGGCCUCAUGGUCCCGAAGGCCAGCCAACGCGGCGGGGCGGUCGCCGUCACGCACUGGCGGCUGCUCAAAACGACUUCGGCGCGGAGUGUGGCGGGCGAGAGGGCGGACGACGGCAGCGCGACGGGACUGGGCUUCUCGCUGCUCGAGCUCGAGAUCCACCAGCAGCAGUGCCGCCACCAGGCGCGCGCGCAUUGCCUAUACGGCCUUUCCUGCCCGAUCGUGGGCGACCGCGUCUACGGGCCUCUGGCGUCGCGCUGGCGACAGCUGGCCUCGACGGGUGCGUCGUCGCUGGGGGGCGAGGGGGCGGCUCUGCUGGGGCCCAGAGCGGGCAGAUGCGUGGAGAAGGCCGACUGGGCUGGCGAGGCGCGCGAUUCAGACUCCGAAACGCGAGAGCGCGGCACCCAAUCUGGCUCCCAGCAGGGCGGAGGCGCCAGGCGCCUGGGCGCCGCGGAGCGUGACGAGGAGAAGUUGCGGACGGCGGAAGUCCGACGGGCGCUCGGCUUGACGGCGCCUUCGAUGUUGCAUCUGCACUCGCGGGCAAUUCGAUUCAAGACUUUCGCAGGCCGGCCUGUGCGGAUCGAAGCUCCCUUUCCGCCGCACCUGCGGCAGGCUGCGGCGCGCCUGGGGUGGAGUUUCUUUGUCGAGCGAGCCGACGCCCACCUCGCUGCGUGGCACGUUGAAGCCGAGGAGCCCGCAGCCGAGUUCGCUGGAAAAGACGUGGGCGGCGAUGCCGAGGCUGCCGAGGGGAAGGGAGCCUCUAUCAGACGGCAGAGACAGUCGACAGCAGCCCAGCGGAUGAGGCCCAAAGGCGCGGGCGGGGCGCGAGACCGCGAGCCGAGCGUGUGGGAUAUACUGGGCUCCGAGGCGGAAGGUGACGCGGACUACGAAGAAGAAGACGAGCUGUGGAACGAGGCGAGCGAGACCCCGGGGUGGCAGAUGAAGGCGUAUGACGACUCUUGCGGCAGUCCCGCUGGCAAGAUCCACUCCGGAAGACGAGUCAGUCACGCGCUCUCGGCGACGCCGGAGAAGCACUGGAUCGCGCGCUUUUUUGAGGAGAAGGCCAAGCAAAGCGAGCGGCAGAUCAAGGCAGCCGCGCGACGGCCUGCCCCGCUCCCGCCAGUGAUGACAAAGCUCCACCGCUGA